AUGACGAAUUCAAGGUAUUACAAAGGUGUAUUCAAUCACUUUGAUAUUUAUGGAAACGGUAUGAUCUCUCCAUCAGAGCUACAACGAUGUGUCAGAUUGAUAUAUGAUGAAGAGAUUUUACUCGAAGAGGUUGAAGUUGUUGUCGAAUUGCCAAAUAGAAACCACGAAAAUUUGGGGUUUGAAGAUGAGAAGCUUGAGGACUUGAGGACAACCUUUAGUAUGUAUGAAAUGGAUGGAACCGAUUGCAUUACUCCCAAGAGCUUAAACCUGAUGAAAAAGAAACCCGGAGAAAUAACCCAACCCAUCUUCGAACCCUACCAACAACGGCAGGACUAUUUCUUGUUGCACUGCGUUUUCACUACAUACCUCGAUUCACGGUUUAUUGUUGCUGCUUGUUGGUCAAAUUUGUCACCAAAAUUCCAAAUUAAGAGCUCCAUAAUCAUCUGCAAGUGUGAUUAA